GCUGAUAGUAAUGUGCUCGUUCAAGUUGCCGUUUCACAUCGUUGCCGUGUCUCAUCCGUGCGGUUGAACCUCGCUUUCCCAGCGCCGUCUUUCACGCAUGGAGUUGCGCACCGACACAUUGCUGGCGAGUCUGGAGAUGUCGGAGUUAAAAAAAGACGGUGGAUCGUCGGAGGGCGACAAGGAUUACGAGUGUUUGCCCGCGCACGCGUCCCUGUUCACGCACAUGACAGCUGGCGCCGUGGCCGGAAUUCUGGAGCACACCGUCAUGUACCCUGUGGAUUCGGUUAAGACGCGUAUGCAGAGUUUACAGCCAGAGCCAAAGGCUCAGUACCGCAGUGUGUAUGGCGCACUAAAGAGGAUUGUGCGAACGGAGGGUCUCCUUCGGCCGCUGAGGGGCCUGAAUAUCACUGUGCUAGGGGCCGGCCCCGCCCACGCACUCUAUUUCGCCUGCUACGAGCAAAUCAAAUGCAGCCUUAGUGAUGCCAUACAGAGUGGAGGCAACAGUCACAUCGCAAACGGGGUUGCUGGAAGUGUUGCCACUGUCCUCCAUGAUGCAGUUAUGAACCCAGCAGAAGUGGUGAAGCAGAGGAUGCAAAUGUAUAACUCUCCAUACCGCAGUCUAUAUGACUGCAUACUGACUGUCAGUCGUAGGGAAGGCCUAGCCGCCUUCUACCGUAGCUACAGUACUCAACUCUCCAUGAACAUCCCCUUCCAGGCUGUUCACUUCAUCACCUACGAGUUCAUGCAGGAACAUUUCAACCCUCAGCGCCAGUACCGUCCCGAAACGCACAUCCUGUCCGGAGCGGCAGCGGGAGCAGUGUCUGCUGCCGUGACGACGCCGUUAGACGUGUGUAAGACUCUGUUAAACACACAGGAGAACGUAGCGCUCAGCUCUGCGCAUGUUAGCGGACAUCUCUCGGGUAUGGUCAAUGCGCUACGGACAGUUUACCGCCUAGGAGGCGUGCCAGCAUUCUUUAAAGGCAUCAGAGCGCGAGUGAUUUAUCAGAUGCCAUCUACAGCAAUCGCCUGGUCCGUGUAUGAGUUCUUUAAGUACUUUCUAACUCAACAUAAACCACACAUCCAGGAACCAGGAAGGGACACGGAUAAGGCUGGAACCACAUGAAAGUGACACCGUUAGGCCUGUUAGCACUAAAUUCGAAAGGCCCAGCUGAUCCAAAGAGGAGAUGAUUGAAGAUUGUGGGUAAAUUAAUGUGUAUGCAUCUUAUUGAAGAGGCCUUUGGCUCAAAGGGGAAUGUAGUCACUAAUUUCUUAUGCAGAGAACACUCCAGCACUUCUAGCUUCUUUUUUUUGUUUUUUGUUUUUGUUUUUGUUGAUAACACAUUAAUUUAUUGGAAGAGUUUAUUGGUGUUACAAGAACAGGGGAUGUAUGGACAUUGCACACUAUGGAACAUAACUGCUAUACAGAUAAUGUUAGUCAUGUUUCAACCCACCUAACAUAUAUUUAUGAUUGCAAAUGAUAUUAUAUACAUACUCGUUUACAUUGCAUAUUAUAUACACAUGCAUAUUUAUAUAUAUUUAAAAGAUGUCAUCUUCUCAAUGACGAACAAAAGGUAUGUUUAACUUCACUCCGUUUAUUUGAUUGGCUUUUCUAGGCUUAUGGGUUCAGAUGAGUCACAUUUGUUUGCCUUUAUCUAGAUGUGUGUUUUUAAAUGACAUUCCUGAGUUCUGUUGCGGAAUAAACAGACCAAAUAUUUUAUUUUAAUGCCUAACCACCAGCGAAAAGAUGUAUGGGCUUCAAACCCUGCAUUUUGGUUUGAAUCAGAAACAACAGAGGUUUUAAACCUCAAAAUGUGUCUUAUCUUGUUUAGAAAAGCUCUAAAAUCCAGUGAAAAGAUCAUGUGGGACGUCAGAUCUCAGUUUUCAUACAUUCAUCCCAAAGAUGAUUUUAAACUCGCUCAGUUAUAAAAACUAUUUAUUUUUGACAUUUUAAUUUCCAAAGACUGAAUUGGAUCCCAGGUAAAUCAAAUUGCCUGAUUUCACUGCUGUAGGUAAACUGAAGCACUUACUGAUUGUGUAUUGUGUCCUCUUAUUUAUUGGAAAUGAUGAUAUUCAGUUUAGUAAUGAGAGGUAGUUCAGACAGUGAAAAGCUGUGAUCGAAUAGCUGAAAUCGGUGUGUGUGGUAACUAUAGAUACUUUAUCUUUUAGGACAUAAUUGUCAUUAUAUAUUACCAAUCAAGACUAGCAUGUAUAUAUGCAUUGAUUUUUGUGACUUUGAAAGAUCUCUUCUUUUAAGACUCCUAAAACUUCAGUGUGCACGAAAGUUUUGUGGUUGCAGUUUAAAUCCACAGCCUAGAAUUAUAUCUUUGUUCAUAAACAAAGUACAUAGGAGGAUGCAGAAUUUCACAAAUCUCAUGAAAACAUCUCUGGGUCAUAUUUCACCCCUGAUACUAUAUAUAUAUAUACACACACACGGUUGAAGUCAGAAGUUUACAUACACCUUAGCCAAAUACAUUUAAAUUCAGUUUUUCACAAUUCCUGACAUUUAAUCAUAGAAAACAUUCCCUAUCUUAGGUCAGUUAGGAUCACAAUUUUAAGAAUGUGAAAUGUCAGAAUAAUAGAAGAGAAAAUUAUUUAUUUCAGCUUUAGCAUUGCCUUUAAAUAGCACUGCCUUUAAAUUGUUUAACUUGGGUCAGACGUUUUGGGUAGCCUUCCACAAGCUUCUCACAAUAAGUUGCUGGAAUUUUGUCCAAUUCCUCCAGACAGAACUGGUGUAACUGUGUCAGGUUUGUAGGCCUCCUUGCUCGCACACACUUUUUCAGUUCAGCCGACAAAUUUUCUAUCAGAUUAAGGUCAGGGCUUUGUGAUGGCCACUCCAAUACCUUGACUUUGUUGUCCUUAAGCAAUUUUGCCACACCUUGUUGGUAUGCUUGGGGUCAUUGCCCAUUUGGAAGACCCAUUUGCGACCGAGCUUAAACUUCAUGGCUAAUGUCUUGAGAUGUUGCUUCAAUAUGUCCACAUCAUUUUCCUUCCUCAUGACGCCGUCUGUUUUGUGAAGUGCACAAGUCCCUCCUGCAGCAAAGCACCCGCACAACAUGAUGCUGUCACCCCCAUGCUUCAUGGUUGGGAUGGUGUUCUUUGGCUUGCAAACCACCUCCAAAUAUAACGAUGGUCAUUAUGGCCAAAAAGUUCAAUUUUUGUUUCCUCAGACCAGAGGUAAUUUCUCCAGAAAGUAAGAUCUUUGUCCCCAUGUGCACUUGCAAACUGUAGUCUGGCUCGGUUUUGGAGCAUUGGCUUCUUGCUUGCUGAGCAGCCUUUCAGGUUAUGUUGAUAUAGGACUCGUUUUUAUUGUGGAUAUAGAUACUUGUCUACCUGGUUCCUCCAGCAUUUUCACAAGGUCCAAUGCUGCAGUUCUGGGAUUGAUUUACACUUUUCGCACCAAACUACGUUCAUCUCUAGGAUACAGAAUGCGUCUCCUUCCUGAGCGGUAUGAUGGUUGCUUGCUCCCAUGGUGUUUAUACUUGCGUACUAUUGUUUGUACAGAUGAACAUGGUACCUUAAGGCAUUUGGAAAUUACUCCCAAGGAUGAACCAGACUUGUGUAUGUCCACAAAUUUUUUUCCCAUGAUGUCAGGCAAAGAGGCACUGAGUUUGAAGGUAGGCCUUAAAAUACAUUCACAGGUACACCUCCAAUUAGUCAAUUAGCUUAUCAGAAGCUAAUUGCCUAAAGGCUUGACAUCAUUUUCUGGAAAUUUCCAAGCUGCUUAAAGGCACAGUUAACUUACUGUAUGUAAACUUCUGACCCACUGGAAUUGUGAUAUAGUCAAUUAAAAGUAAAACUGUCUGUAAACAAUUGUUGGAAAAAUUAGAUGAAGUAGAUGUCCAAAACGACUUGCCAAAUUAUAGUUUGCUAAUAUGAAAUCUGUAGAGUGGUUGAAAAAUGAGUUUUAAUGACUUCAACCUAAGUGUAUGUAAACUUCUGACUUCAACUGUGUAUAUAUACACCGAUCAGCCACAACAUUAAAACCAAAAAAAGUCCCACUCGUGCCACCAAAACAGCUCUGACCCAUCGAGGCAUGUCUCCACAAGACCUUUGAAAGUGUCCUAUGGAAUCUGGCACCAAGACAUUAGCAGCAGAUCCUUUAAGUCCUGUAAGUUGUGAGGUGGGGCCUCCAUGGAUCUGACUUUUUGGUCCAGCACAUCUCAUAAAUGCUCAAUCGUAUUGAGAUCUGGGGUAUUUGGAAGCCCAGUCAACACCUUGAACUCUUUGUCAUGUUCUUUAAACCAUUCCUGAACAAUUUUUGCAGUGCGGCAGGGCGUAUUAUCCUGCUGAAAGAGGCCACUGCCAUCAGAGAAUACCGUUACCAUGAAGGGGUGUGCGUGGUCUGCAACAAUCAUUAGGUAGGUGGUACGUGUCAAAGUAACAUCCACAUGAUCGCCAGGACCCAAGUUCCCAUCAGAACAUUGCCCAGAAAAUCACACUGCCUCCGCCAGCUUGCCUUUUUCCCAUAGUGCAUCCUGCUGCAUCUCUUCCCCAGAUAAACGACACACACGUACCUGGCCGUCCACAUGAUUUAAAAGGAAACGUGAUUCAUCAGACCAGGCCACCUUCAUCCAUUGCUUCAGGGUCCAGUUCUGACGCUCACUGUAGGUGCUUUUGGCGGUGGACAGGGGUCAGCAUGGGCACUCUGACCGGUCUGUAGCUACGCAGCCCCAUACGCAGCAGGCUGCGCUGCACUGUGUGUUCUGACACCUAUCUUGGCCAUUAUUAUGUUUUUCAGCAGUUUGCGCUACAGUAGCUCUUCUGUGGGAUCAGACCAGACAGGCUUGCCUUCGCUCCCCACGCGCAUCAGUGACCCUGUCGUUGGUUCACCGGUUGUCCUUCCUUGGACCACUUUUGUUAGGUACUAACCACUGCAUACCAGGAACACCCCACAAGACCUGCUGUUUUGGAGAUGCUCUGACCCAGUCAUCUAGCCAUCACAAUUUGUCUCUUGUCGAAGUCGCUCAGAUCCUUACGCUUGUCCAUUUUUCCUGCUUCCAACACAUAAAAUUCAAGAACUGACUGUACACUUGCAGCCUAAUAUAUCCCACCCCUUGACAGGUGCCAUUGUAACGAGAUAAUAAAUGUUAUUCACGUCACCUGUCAGUGGUUUUAAUGUUGUGGCUGAUCAGUGUGUGUGUAUCUUUUUUUGCAUCAUGACAUUAUUUUCAAAACAAGUUUGCCAUAAAAUUCCCUUUACCAUAAAGCAUCCAGAUGUUUACCUUUAAAUUUUUUUUGUUAUUUUUGUAAUUGUCUUUAUUCUCAAUUAUGGAGCUUAUUAGUUUAUUAUUAGUGUAAUACAGUUUGACAGUAAAACAUUUGUAAUUAAAAUCAAGAUAAAUUUAAGAAAGUACGACAAAUGCUACCAUAAUGUAUAAAUUCAAUUUAUAAAAUAAAUAUUUUUUUAUCCAAUUAGUAAAAAAAAAAUAAAAAAUGUUAAAGAAAAAAAAUCUACUAACUCUAAUUUCUUUAUGCAAAACAGCACUUUUUUUUUCUUUCGAUUUUAGGGCGAAAUACAACCCAGACAUGUACUUGACAGGUUUCAUGAGAUUCACCCUGAUGGCAUUAGAAAAGGACUUGCGCCAUCAGCAAUGUUCUUCCCUUGACAAUCUGUUUCAGUCCGGGACCAGGUUUACUCUGUUUCUGAACUGUUGUGUGGUUCACUAAAUUCAAACUCCAAUUCAGAAUGUAGCCUUGAGUGUUUACCUUCAUUGGAGUAGAUGCUGUAUUUAAUUUGACGCGAACGAAAACAAGGCUGUGCGGGAUUAUGAAAAUGUGUCUUUCUGCAAAUUCAGUAUUUAGUUGCCAAAAAAAGUUUUAUUGUCUGAAUGGUGGACAUCAAGGUACACAAUAGUUCCACAUACUGGGCCUCAUUCAUGAAGCACAAGCAGAACAAAUUCCUGUGUAAAUCAUUUGUAAAUCCAGUCUUGCAUAAAUUGCACUUUGGAUAUAAUGCAAUACUGUAUGGAAUAAUGUUUUUACAAGCUAUUUUACAUCUGACGUACUCUACGUCAAUCCCUCACAGCCUUGUUCAUUAGCAUCAAAUAUGGUGCCCAUUCGCUGGUCUACGAAGGAUUUACACUGGAAUCACGCACAAUAAUCUAACGAGUGGAGAAAUACAAUUGUAAAUGGUGUAUAACAUUUUGAAAAGUUGUCAAUUUUGGCAACUUCUUAUUUGAAUUUUAGCUCUUGAUUGAGAGGAUACGUGUAUGCAAGUUAUCAUGUUUGACAGAUGAAACAAGCGCACAUACACAAAGCGUUUAGCUGUCUUAGAUGACACAAAGGCAGCUUUUGUUUUUCCUGAGUGUGAUAUUUAUUUUUAUUUUUUUAACUUGCCACUUUACAUGCUAGCAAUCAAUGUCUGAAAUAUAUGUAGUAUUGCGCUUUUAGCCUUAUAUCUAAGUUAAGCCAUUUUUCAGUGUUCCUUGAAGUUUCCGUUUUCUUGGAUGGAGUUGGUGUGUCUCCGAAGCCUAUGCAGAUUCCCAUGUUUGUGUGUGUGGGACGGUGUGUGAGAAUUUCUGGCUGUACAAUGGGCUGACUGGUUCAGCUGGCAGUGUUCUGUUUGGUCUAUGCCUUUCCUGUGUCCUCUCACAUCCUGUUCCCUUAGACUAUUGUCUCUGGCCUUCUGUUUUUUUUUUUCCAGUUCCAAAAGGUUAAACACUGGAAUUUGUGAAUCCAAGGACAUUUUUUGUUUGUUUGCCUUCUAAUUAUUGGUUUAUUGGUUCAGAGCUUCAUUACUAAUGCUUUUCUAGUUCUGCUAUCAGACCAGUUGUUUUUCUGCUGCCACUAGCAUCUAGGAACCAAAGAAAUGGACUCUUCGGUCAUUCCCUCCCUACCAUAAAGUAUGGCUUUUUAACAUGUAGAAAGCUAAAUUUUUGUAUAUUUAAUAACUUAGACCUGCCAGUAGUCAUCAGUUUAAUUUGUUGAUGGGAGAAAAUGGUGUUAGCGUUGUGUUUUUACUAAGGUGUAGUGACAUUUUUUCCUUUUUAGGCUGCAUACAGCUGGGAUAUUAUUUAUAACAGUGAUAGUGGACACUUCAGGCACACUGUCUGACUGUCACUGCAUUAGAUAACAAAAUACCAAACCAAGUGGCAUCUGCAAACAGAUGAUUAUUUUUUCUCAGAACUCAGUACUUCACUUUUCUGAGCCAUUUUUGCAAUGACUUUUAAUCAGCUGGUGUCAAGGUGAUUUUAGUGGAUGUGUAAGGUCAGUUCCGCUGUGUCCUAGCAGGGUAACCACAGGUGUAGUUCAUUACUUUAUGGACAUAUUCCACAAAAACCAUAAAGUGUUUGAGGCCUAUGUUUCCUAUUUGCUAUUUGUUUUGAGCAGGAUGUCUUUUGUUGUGUUUAAAACCUGACAGACUUUUUUUGUGUGUGUGUGUGAAGUAUUUAGCUUGAAAAGUGUGCUUAUGCUAUCUUUCUUAAAAAAUACAUGUCAUUUGGUUUUAUAUUUUGUAAUGUAAUGUAAUAACAUCCAUGCAUUAAGUGUGCCUUAAAGGAGUAGUUCACCCAAAAAUGAUAAUUCUCUCAUCAUUUACUCACCAUCUCAAACUCUUUCUUCUGCAGAACACAAAGAUAUUUUAAUGGGGAUAUAAUGCGAAUAUAUCCAUAAAAUGCAAGUGAACGGGGUCCAACACUUUCAAGUUUAAUAAAGGCAGCAUAAAGGUAAUCCAUACUGGAGUGGUUUAAUCCAAGUCUUCUGAAUAAACAGACCAGAUAUAACUCCUCUUUCACUAUAAAUCUCGCCCUCUGCAGUCUCCUAGGUGCGAUCAUGAUUUGAAGCUCGAUUACACUUCGCUUGACACAGUUGCUGAGCGAGUAAAUAAUGAGAGUUAUUUUUGGGUGAAAUAUUCCUUAAAGUUUCCACUUAAAGUUUCCAAAUAGGUUUUGGGACCACUGUAUUUAUCUUAAAGGGCAUACAAAGCAAAUUCCAUGUUUAACCUUUGUGUUGACUGACAACAUACUACUGUCUUUUACUAUUUGGCAUCAUGUUGUUCUGCGGUGGAAACCCCAUGGGUUCGAUUUGCGUCCAGCAUUUUUUUAAUUCUUAGUAUCUGAUUGCUUUGCAAAACUAUCCAUUUUUAAAAUAAACAUUGUAUUUUAAUCUAUUUUAAAUCAUAUGUCAGUUUUACUUUGAAAAUGUUUGGUUUUGGGCCAGUAUAGACAACAUUGCCUUUGGUUUUGCCUUAAAUUUAUCUUCACCUACUAUGCUUUAAGAAAACAGGAGCGCGAUUUAUCAAUGUCUUUUCUUGAUAAUUGCCACAUUAUAGAAAAGAUUUGCUGCAAUUGUGCUCCUAUUAAAGAUACAGUGCAACAUGAAGAACUUUGAUAAUGCCAGCCGCUUUGUACGCUCAUUCGAAAAGAAGUGGGAGGUUUUUGAAAGAGUGCCAUCUAGAGUACUAAAGUGUUUUUUUUAACAGCAUAGAAAACAAACAAUAAUGUAGACACAUUAAGUUCAUUGAUUUGUGGAAACGCUGCUACAGUCUGUUACACUGGAGCUGAAAUAAAUUUCACAAUGAAGAUUAAAAAUGACAAUGUUCUUAUGAACUGAUUUCAAUAAUGAAUUUUUAAAUAAUCAAGUUCAGCUUUGGCCAGCUUUUAAAUAAACGAGAUGGUAAAUAUUAGAUUCAGAAGUAGAAGAAUUUGAAUAUGCAAAGUGUUCUUGAUAAAGAGACCAGGGCUAGUUUUCACACUUUUUCAGUGUGGGACUAUUUUGAAAGUCUGUUUCACGACACAUACAUUGAAGUCUUGACUACAUCAAAACUAUUGUACAUUUGCCCAGAAAAAAAAAAAAAAAAGAUACUGCUCAUUUAACAUCUGAUAACCUUUAAUGACUAUGUGCCGCAAGGUGAGGCAUGUUGUCACACAAUAUUGGAUAAGUUGUCUCAAUGGGAUCCUCCUGUUAUUUACACUGAUUUGAGAAGAAUACCUUAUUGGCCAGAUAUGAAAUACUGUAAACUCAAAGAAGCCAUCUUCUACAUAUCUGUGUUUAAAAUUUAUUAAAGGAAUUAUAGGAUUCAUAAAAACUAUAUUUAAGUUUUAGACUAUUGGAGUUUGAAACCAACAUGCAAAAUCACUGCAGGGAAAAAACAAGAAUUUAAACUUUUUUUCUCAAAUGCUCUUAGUGUAUCAUAUAUAUUCCUGUAAAAAUGUUUCCUUAUGACAAAUGUGAGUUUACUUGAGGGUAUUUUGCCUGUAGAGGGCGCUGUAGACCAGAGUUCUGUUCACCAUGUCUUGUACUACAACUUGUUAUAUUGUGCCCUUUUCAUUAAGAACUAAAUAAUAGAAGGGACUGGUUUCUGACUGUUGUGAGAAUGCACGGGAGUGUUACUGGAAUCAUCAAACACAAUCUACUAUGAAACAGUGGUUGUCAAAGACCUUUUAAAUGCAUUAUUAAAACUUCAAUCAUUUCAA